CCUUCUCAAUGCUGACGUCAUCACCCCUCGCUCGAACCCGCGGAGCCGCCAUCGCCUUCCCGUCGUCCCAGGCUGGAGGCCGGCGGCGGAGCGAGCUGCGGUAUGCGGUCUGUCAGCUACGUGCAGCGCGUGGCACUCGAGUUCUGUGGCAGCCUCUUUCCGCACGCCAUCUGCCUGGGGGACGCCGACAACGACACGCUGAACGAGCUAGUGGUAGGAGACACCAAUGGGAAACUCUAUGUGUACAAAUAUGAUGACAGCAAACCCUGGACAGUACGAUCCUGCCAAGGAAUGCUUACAUGUGUUGGUGUGGGAGAUGUAUGCAAUAAAGGAAAGAAUCUUGCAGUGGCAGUGAGUGCAGAAGGUUGGUUUCAUCUUUUUGAUCUGACUUCCCCUUCAAAGCACCCAGAUGCUUCAGGCCACCAUGAGCUAGCAGAAGAACAGAAGCUAGUGUUCAAGCAACAUAUUCCUGCCAACACCAAAGUCAUGCUAAUCAGUGACAUAGAUGGAGAUGGGAAGUGUGAGCUUGUGGUAGGUUACACUGAUAGAGUGGUGCGUGCCUUCCGCUGGGAGGACUUGUCGGAGAAUUCAGACCAUCUCUGUGGGCAGCUGAUCCUGCUGAAGAAAUGGUUGCUGGAAGGUCAGGUGGAUAGCCUUUCUGUGAACCCAGGCCCUGAUGGCUUACCAGAGAUGAUGGUGUCCCAGCCAGGCUGCGGUUAUGCCAUUCUGCUGUGCACCUGGGACUCCGAGCAGCAACCCAUGAUAGAGGGAAGAGACAGCUCUUCCCCUAGCAGAGAGGCCCCUGUUCGAGAUGUUAUUCUCCACCAAACAUCUGGUCGGAUUCACAACAAGAAUGUUUCCACUCAUCUGAUUGGUAGUAUUGGCCAAGGGUACUCCAGUGUGGGUAAUGGCUCGGGUCUCUUUGCCCUUUGUACGCUUGAUGGGACACUGAAGCUCAUGGAAGGGGCAGACAAGCUGCUCUGGUCUGUGCAGGUUGAUCACCAGCUAUUUGCGCUGGAAAAGCUGGAUGUUACUGGCAAUGGACAUGAGGAGGUAAUUGCCUGUGCAUGGGAUGGCCAGACAUAUAUCAUCGACCACAAUCGCACAGUUGCCAGAUUUCAAGCAGAUGAGAAUGUCAGUGCAUUCUGUGCAGGCCUAUAUGCAUGCAAACAAGGAAGCAACAGUCCCUGCCUGGUUUAUGUCAGCUUCAAUCAGAAGAUCUACAUCUACUGGGAUGUGCAGCUGGAGAGAAUGGAGUCCACCAACCUUUUAAAAAUCCUGGAGAAUGACCCAGAGUUUGACAGUCUACUGCAGGAGCUGGGUGUAGAAAAAAGUGAUGUUUCUGCAAUCCAAGAUCUGAUUUACAAAACACUGUAUUUUCCUGAGAAACAACAGCCUAACAGCUCUUUGCAGUGUCAGAAUCCUGGAACAGACUCCUCUGCCCACCACACUGUCAUCCAGAAUCCCUUACAAGAUUCAAGGUGAACAUCUGCCAUCCCAUUGGAAACUCUCUUCUGACUGGAACUGAGCAUUCACCCUGCAUGAUAGUAUUCUCAGCUUGUCUCUUCUCUCUCAGCUGAAUUUGGAUGGGAGUAAUAGACUCACCUGCUGUAUUACAUCCGUAUCUUCUCCCAUUUGUAUAAUGUUUUAUUGGGCAUGCGUGGAGCAGUCCCUUCACCAUUAUGGCAGCCUGAGAGGAUUGUGUAUGAGAUCAAAUAUUAUUAAUUUGGUGCUUUUGUGUUAGCAAAUGAUAACAUUUAAAGAUCUUGAAAGCUGCUUUUUGAAAGCUUUCUGUGCUAUGCUCUGCAAAAUAUCCAAGAGCUGUUCCUAACAGGGAGGAUGAAUUUUGUGUGGAGGAAAAGGAUAUCUUGACAUUGGGUCAAAAAAUCUGUUGCUCUUGUGUGGGAGAACAGGACUUUUUACAUAAUAUUGCAGCUUGUUUUUUGUUUUGCAAUUUCCAUUUAUAAAUUAAUGAAAUAUUUAUAGAGGACAGCAUCAGUCCUCUGUAUCUUAUGGCUGUGAAAAUUGAAGCACAAAGCAAUAAAUUGAUACAACCUGCUUUGUCACAGUGAGCACUCCUGUUACUUUUCAGUAUUCUUGCAUCUCUGACUACUCUGUAACUACAGUGGAAGUUUUUCUCCAUUUUAGUGACCUCUCAGAAGUAUUUUUGCAUGCUCCCAUAUAAUACUAAGUGCUUGUGUAUAACUGGACUAAUGAGGCAGGAGCUCUGAAGUCGCACUAGUGCUUUGGUACCAGUGUUGCUCAAACUAGUGGAAGUUUUGAGCAGCAGCGCUUGAAUUUGUUAUCUGUGGAGAGUUGACUGUGUAGGAACCACAUAUUAUGUAGAGGUGGGAUGAACAGGCUGGUUUCUUUGUACUCUGAGAUACGUUCCUAACCCUAUUGCUACUUGAUUUUAAUCUUCAGGAUUAGUGGACCUGACACAGGGACCACAGUGGAGCAGAGUUCUGCAACGCAGGUUGCUGAAAACAUGUAAUAAAACAACAGGCACGUGUGUCUUAGCAUGUGCUGUUCUAUCCCUAAAGCAAACUGCUGCUCUUCAUCUGUGAUGGGUUGUGUAUUUCCUCCUCAUACAUCCUUAAUUCUGUGGCCUCUGCCUCCUGCACUGGGGACAUAAACAGGAUAAUUAUAAAUAACACCAGUGUCUGAGUUCUCACUCAUGGUUUGCACAACCUGGCAUGUGUACAGCUUUAUAGGUAAUGGACUCUUAUUGUAUGUGCUUGAUGAAAAUGGAGCACUACCACAACUUGUGCCUACCGUGGCCUCACUUAACAUCUUGUUUGUCUUUAGUAAGGCAUGCUGUUUCCACAGAAGUACUCUUCUUGAUCCCAUGUUGGGAUCUCAGAUGUUCCUGCAACAAUUGCCUGGAACUUUUCAUUUGUCACUAAUUGAGCUAAUAUGUUAGCUGGGUCCUACAGGCUAUUACUGCGCUAUUGCAAUAAAACUUCCCAACCCAUAACAGCAAAAGAAGAUUGUCUAUGCUCAUUAACAGAGAACAACUCAGUACUGGCAGUUUAUGCCAAAUAGGUAUCUUAGCAGCACAAGCACAAGGAGGGUACAAAUGGUUGUAUGACUGAAACUGAUUUAUGCAAAACAAAUUUUGCUAUACAGGUCAAAUGAACAGAUAGUUCAAAUUGAUCUACUGUUGAGAUAUUGAUUUUAUUUUAGUCAGAACAGGAAAGCAUUAAUGUAGAUGAAUGACAUUUUUCUAGGAACCAUCUUAAAAAGAAAAUAUGACAAAACACGUAAAUGUUGCAACUUGUGAAGCUUAGGGCUUUUCUCCUGUUGGAUAUCAUUGCUUUGUGCAGUGCAAGCUCAAGAAUGCUUCUUUGUGGAGAACAGAGGUCAGAAGGUAUGGACUCUGUGUAUCGUGGGUGUCCAACAUUUUUGCUUGCCUGGGCCACACUGCGUGAAUGGGAAUCAUCUUGUGCCACAUGUAAAAUAUGUAAUAAUGUAUAAAGUUUCAUAAUCAGACAUGAUAAAAUUUUUGAGCCGAAUAUUAGAUUGCAGCUGCGUACAAAAUUCACAGGUAGUGUAUUUAGAUUGACUGAAAUGGAAUCCCAAAUACAAAAAUAAAAAAAGUUUGUUUUUCUUUAAUCUCAAAGCCUAUUCUCAAAUUCUUUUUUCAGAAAUGAAAGCAAGGCUGCAUAUUUCUCACUGCUCACAGGACUGUGUUUAAGCCAGCAUAUCAAAAUGCAUGAAAUUAUUUGAUGUAGCUUGAGCUUGCCAUAAUUUAAAUUUUAUUUCAAACACAGUCAUGUUGGAAACACAGCAGAUGAGAUCAUUUUCAUCUUGAAGCUGCAUGUUUAACUCAUUUAAGUGAGUGGCCAAAUCUGUCAAAAAUGCUAAAUCUGUAAGCCAUUUUUAAUCUUCACAUUCUGACACAAAUUUUCUUUCUGACUCCACAAAGGACUUAAUUUCAUUUCUCAAAUCAUAUAAUAUUUUUAGUGUUCUACCUUUACUUAGCCACCUGGCUUCAGAAAAGUUAAUGGUGUCCCUAUAAUCAGCAUUCUUACUUUUAAGGAUUUCCUGGAAUUGACGAUGAUUCAAUCCCUUAUUACGAAAUACAGAGCUUUGAUGAUGUUUUUGAAUUACAUUAUCAAUUUUUAAAGCUUUCUCACAUACAUUUUCUUAAUGUUUGAUGCAACAGUAUUUCAUUGUGUGAUUUUUCUUGUGGCAACUGCAUUAUUUUCUCUUAAUUUUGUAAGUCCCUUUUUUUUUUUACCAGCCAUUGGUAGGGUGCUAUCAGUAGCUUUAACAAAUAUGUUGACAAAGGUUAAAGAAAAUUACUUGAAUGUAUUUUUUACUGUUUCACACAAAUGGGGAGAUGUAGUUGUGUCUUUUAAAGACACCAAAUUUUCUUAUAUUCACUUGGCUGUAGUCUGGCAAGACAAACUAAUUUUAGAAAAACCUGCUUUGGACAUAUUAUGUGUGCCGUGCUUGCCAUGCAUUGCUUAAUAAACUCUUCAGUAAAUGGUUUUAAUUUUUUUGCAGUCAGGUUUGCUAUCAUGUAACUAGCUUUUAUAAUAGAGCCCAUUUGAGUUUUAAUUUAAAAAAAAAAAAAAGAUUUUGUUGGGGUGUUUUGUUUUGGUUUUUUUUUUCAAUUUCACUAUUUUGUCUUUAUGAAGCAUUCCUUAAUAUUCAUUAAAUUUGGCAGCAUGUUUCUGCAUGUAAUGUCUUUUCAAAUAGCAAUCUUCGAAAGCUGACACUUUCCUUGGAAAUUAAUCAUAGUGCCAUAUUAUUUAUCUUGACCAAAAUCUACUUGUCUAUCCGUUUUUCCUUGAACACUCUUCCUUCCUCCACAAUUUUUCUUUUUUGGCUCUGCUAUCCUUUGAGAUAGCAUUAGACAGGUUUAAAUAUCAUUAGCAAUCACUUCAUUUUACUCAGUAAGCACAUCUAUAUGUAAUACACAUAGGGUUUGAUUCAACUGGAUGCGAGAGGAAGACUAAGCACUACUACUGCCGCACCCUCCCCAUGUCUAGAGCGUGGGCCAGGCUGCUUGAUUUCUAGCCAAUGCCUAGCAACAGGGGCUGGACUACAUUGAAACCUGUGCCAGGCUGUGGGUUGAAUAUGCCUGUUGUAACUCAAUGCCUAUUUGUCAACCAUCACAACUCACAACAUUGGAAUUAAAAGUUCUUAACAUUUGCUACAUCCUAUUCAGUGCCAGAUUGCUGGUCCAUAGUAACUCUUCCACAAGACAUGAUUUGCAUGAUACUGUUUUAUGUCCCAGUGACAGUGCAUGGCAAAUGAGGAGUUCAGCAGACUCAGACAGUAGAUAUUUGUAUAAGAAUGAUUUGUUGCUUUGGGUAUGAAGCUCAAUUUAUUAUCAAGAAAAUAAGGGGUUUGUUCGAUUUUCCUGGGAGGAGAUAAUUCUGCUGGCCAUGUCUGAUCUUGUUUUUGUGAUUUAUUCUAUGAAUGUAGUUAUUUCGAUUACUCUUCAGGUAUAAUCUGGCAUUUGUCAGAGGAUUAUCUUACAAGGAGAGCUAAAACGGAAUAUAUGUAGGGAGCUCAAUGCUCUUCAGUUCCAUGUCCAACAGACAUAGCCUUAUUUGGAGACCUUCAGUAUAUUCUAGUUCCUUCUAGCAUGGUGAUGGUCCAUUGUCAGUCUAUUGUUAGCCCUUAAAAGGGGGUCCUUUACUUUUUCCCAACACUCCUUUUGUCCCAAAGGUUGCUGUGGAGUGCAAUGACAAUUUUAGAAGUCUCUGUACACAUAGAUAAGGAAGACAAAGGGGAACGUCUUGAUGUCUGUCACAUUUUAGGCUAAUUCUGCCUGGUAUAUGUGGAUCCUGGCUUUAAUUACUUCUUCAAAUUAACACCCCCUCUUCCCCUUUUCAGUGAGCUUGGAAAUUUUUCGCAAAAGCUCAUAUUGCUCAUACUUAAUCACAGCAGGCAAUGCCCAAACCUUUUGGGUUAAUUUCUUAAGUUUAUACCAAAAUGAACUUUACAAUUAGCUAUAUCAGAAUUGUCACUAAUGACACUAAUAAUGGAUGAAUUAACACUUAACAACAUUUGCCCUGAGGUCUGUUUAUGGGAACUGCUGAGUCACAGCCUGAACCUCUGAUUGAUCACCUGAGGCGAGCAAUGAGUCAGCCAGAGGAGCACAGGUGAAGGCAAUUCACCUGAGCUACUGGAAGGGGUGGAGCCUGGCUGCACCUCUCCUAGAUCCCAUUUAAGUGCUGACUGCCACUCAGGAUGGAUCUUCUUCUGGAGAUAGCUCCUUGUGGUGUUUACUGCGAGCCUAUGAUACUGAUGAGUAUUUCCAUUGAUUUUUAUUAUUUUUCCACUGUGAUAAUCUUAGUAAGUGUAACCUCUGUAUACCUAUUGAUUGUACACCUAUUGAUUGUACAAUUGUACACCCAUUGAUUGUACACCUACAUUACACAAUCUGUGCACAAGAGCAAUAAUGUGCACAGGUCAUCAGGAGAGCAGAAAAUUUCUGUAUUUGGUAGAUAUAAUUUAAAUGAUGGCUGAACUGUCAAGAGAGAUGUAAUAAAAAUGUUUAAACCAUG